CGAACGUUCGGCUCUGGCAUUUCCUGCCAUUAGCUACUUUCAUGAACAGCUGUAUGGCAGUUUCUGGGAUGCUGGUGUCUAAAACUGGACCGUUAUUUUAAUUUCAUCCGUAUUACAGCCGUUUCCUUUUCUCUGAAUGGCGAUAUUUACUUGACUGAAGAUGCAUCAUUCUAAUGCUGGACUUCGCCUGCUAAGUUACAGAUUUUGGACUUUCUGACUACAGCAAAACAUAGCAACGGUACUUCAGCCUCCAGCAAAGAAGUGGGCAAACGUGUUUUAAACUGGCAUAAACCUAUUUCAGCCGUUACAGUUUGCGGGAUUUGGGUAAAGCUGGUUUCUCAGUUCCACGCGUUUGUUAUAAGGGCUAUGUACCGUGUAAAAUAAAAGAUAUAAAAUUAUAUGAAAUACACUUUGGAUGGUAGCAAUAGCCUUUGAUCCGAAAAGGCGUCCAUGAGUUGCUGCUGUUACACACUUCCAACGUCACCCGGUGAAAGUGUUCAUUCGAAUCCAGGAAAGGCAACGAUAACGUGGGACAACCACAGUUGCGACAGCUAUCACCAGACACUGUUUUCACCGUCAUGGCCAAAUACGCGAAGAAGUCAUUUGGAUAAGUGAGACCGAAAACGGAGUUACGUGAUCGACGAUAUAAGCUAGCUGCUACUUCACUGUGACCAAGUACGGCAGGCAAUAUGAAAGAGGAGAACUUGUCCCGCCGGCGGUUCUCUCUCUGCCAGACGACACUCUCGCCGCCAAAGAUCGACCCGCGGUCCCUGACAAGGAAUCUGUCAUAUGCAGGGGACAACGACAUUUACCCCCUCAGCCCAGGUGGUGACUCCGUAGACCGUAAUGGUUUGUCCUCUCCAAGCGACGAUUUCAGUCCUGCUCAGUCUCCCAGCAGCCCAUUGGACACCAGGAUGUUUGGGGGUGUGGAGGGGGACAACACAUCUCCCACAGAGAGGCUGGCCAGGAAGGAGUCCCUCAAGGUCCAGAAGAAAAAUUACCAACAGGAGAAAAAGAGGGCAGCCAAAGAGUUAUUCAGUGCUCUCAAGGACCCCAGUGUGGUCAUCAUGUCCAACUGGCUGAAGAUCCGCGGCUCCCUGAAGAGCUGGACCAAGCUGUGGUGCGCGCUGAAGCCGGGCGUGCUGCUCAUCUACAAGAGCUCCAGCAUGGAGCACUGGGUGGGCACCGUGCUGCUGGGCUCCUGCAAGCUUAUCGAGAGGCCCUCCAAGAAGGACGGCUUCUGCUUCAAGCUCUACCACCCGCUGGACAAGUCCAUCUGGACCAUGAAGGGUCCCGGAGGGGAGAAUGUGGGCUCCAUCACACAGCCUCUACCCAGCAGUUACCUCAUCUGCAGAGCUGCAUCUGAUUCAGAUGGUCGUGUGUGGAUGGAUGCUCUGGAGUUGGCUCUCAGCUGCUCCAGCCUGUACAAGCUGACGGCCAAGAGCUGUCGGGACGGAGACCUGAGCUCCUCCUCGGACUCCUCACACAUCCUGCAGCUCCUGCAGUCUCCCAUCCUCACAGAGCACGCACUCCAGCAGUUGAAUGACUCCAUGCUGGAGAACAAUCACAUGGAGAAUGAUGGCUUCUCAGACAAAUCGGAGAGGGAAGCCCACGAGGACUCGGACAACGCGGCCAAUGAGAACGGGGGGCGUGUGACGGAGGAGAGCGACAUGGACCAAUCAGACGACCUCUCCCCGUGUCUGCAGGCCACCACCUAUGUUGAGCAGGGACAGGAGGAGAUGGGAGAGGCUGGAGAGGCGUCCCAGGUGGAGACGGUGUCCGAGGAGAACAAGGGCCUGAUCUGGACCCUGCUGAAGCAGCUGCGCCCGGGCAUGGACCUGUCCAAGGUGGUGCUACCCACCUUCAUCCUGGAGCCCCGCUCCUUCCUGGACAAGCUGUCCGACUACUACUUCCACGCUGACCUGCUGUCCCAAGCGGCGGUGGAGGAGAGUGCCUACUGCAGGAUGAAGCAGAUCGUGCGCUGGUACCUCUCCGGUUUCUACAAGAAGCCCAAGGGUUUGAAGAAACCCUACAACCCCAUUCUAGGGGAAACAUUCCGCUGUUGCUGGCUCCACCCUGAGACGGACAGUUGUACAUAUUACAUAGCAGAGCAGGUUUCUCACCAUCCACCCAUUUCUGCAUUUUAUGUGUCCAACAAAAAAGAUGGUUUCUGCAUUAGCGGGAGCAUCCUUGCCAAGUCCAAGUUCUAUGGUAACUCUUUAUCUGCGAUACUGGACGGCAAGGCCAGGUUACUGCUCUUGUCCCGUGAUGAGGAGUAUGUCAUAACCAUGCCCUAUGCCCACUGCAAAGGCAUCCUGUAUGGCACCAUGACCCUGGAGCUGGGGGGAAAGAUCACCAUCGAUUGUGACAAAACCAAAUGCUCUGCAGAGCUGGAAUUCAAACUCAAGCCUUUCCUUGGCAGCGCCUGCCAUGUGAAUCAGAUUUCUGGAAAGAUCCGCUUGGGAGAUGACGUAAUGGCCACAGUGGAAGGCCACUGGGAUGGCGAGGUAUUUAUGCAGGAGAAGAGGUCUGGCCAGCAGGAGGUGCUGUGGAGCCCCACCCCAGAGGUGCGCAGCCAAAGGCUCAAGAGACAAGUGGUUCAGCCAGACCAGCAGGGAGCGUUUGAGUCCGAGAGGCUCUGGCAGCAGGUGACCAGCGCGAUCCAGGAUCGGGACCAGAACCGGGCCACGCAGGAGAAGUUUGUCCUGGAGGAGGCCCAGCGGUGCGAGGCCCGGGAGCGAGGGGAAGGACCCUGGAGCCCACACCUCUUCGCCCUCAACCCAGACACUAGCGAGUGGCAGUACAAACAUGUCGACACUAAGCCCUGGGAUGCAGACACAUGCCUGCUGCAGUUUGAGAAGGACAGCAUCAUUCAGACCAAGCAGAGGCAACAGCGGCGUCGGCACAACGGCUACUCCUAUAGCCGCAGCUGGGCCACCCAGCAGAAGGCCCAGGUAAAUGGCAAGCACAGGAAGUCGAGUAGCCAGCCGUCGAGCUGCAGCCAGAACACUGAGAGCAGCAGCUCCACGCCAGAGCCCCCGCACGGGUCAUCAGACAAUGAGGGGUACCUGACUCAGUGUGCUCGCUGCAGCCAGCAAGGAAAGGACAUUGCCCAGAUCGAGUCCUCCAUAGCGACCAUCCAGAAGACGCAGCAGGACAUUCAGAAGAACCUGUACUCCCUGAGUCGUCAGCUGUCCCAGCGGCAGGCGGCGGAGGAGAGCGUGGCGGUGACGGGCCGCCACUGGCUCAUCCUCUGCAUGCUGCUGCUCUUCCAGCUGCUCAUCAACUACGUCUACACCUGAGCUGUUCACUCACCACCCUCGGGGGCCAGAGGUCAGGGGUCGCAGGUCACGCAGCCAAGCCGGUGCCUAGCAAUAAACACAGCCAACACCUCCCCACACACAGCCACACCACCACUCCACACAUCAAAGCAGCUGCAGAACGGCCACCUUCACUGCCACCACUGUCAUCCACUCACCUUCCCCCCCUUUUCAGAGGAGCUCGUCGCCAUGGCAAUAAGCACUUCAGAGGAAGAUGACUCUUUGUGUUAAGCUAUGUGUUAAGGAUGAGGUCAAAGAGCUGAAAGACCUCAACAUGAUAAUCAUUUUUAACUAAGCGCAUAGGUGUGAGAGGACUCUCAUGUCUCUGUGCGAGUGUAUUAAAUGGUUCAUUUUUAUUUUAAUAUUAUUUUUUAAAUCCUGUGUGUAGAUAGAUGUGAAACCCUUCUGUUCUCCCGUCCUCCUGAAUUCUGGCCUUAUUGCUGAAACCAAAUGGAAGUACACAUACAUUUGUGGAAAUCAGCAACAACAAGAAAAAGAAAGAAAAGUAGUGCAAUUCAGUGUCUUUUUCUGUACAAGUACAGUCACUCAAAAUGCCACAAAGUACCAAAAUAGUGUAAAGUGUUAUUUCUAAAUGAAAAAGAGUACAUGUUUACAACUUCAUUUUUUUUUUUUUUUUUUUU